AAUCCUCCAAUUAAAACAGGACAUUACAACGAAAUUACUGGUCGAGUAUAGCGCAAAAGUUGGGACGGAGCAGACCAUGAGGCUCGAAAGACUGCAAGGGAUUCUGAAAAGUAGAAACUCUAAACACUUGGAAAACGUGAAGCAUCAAUACUUUCGAGAUAUGAGGAUGCUGGAAAAGAAAUAUUUCGAGGCUAAACCAUCACCAAAGAGAAAUAUAAUUAAAGACUACACCGAAUUUGACUCUAACCUAUACGCCCCCUUGGUUCGGGAUGGCCCACACAUGGACGUCCUUAACCCAGCUCCUCAUUUCCAGUUUGUUUUGCAUAGGGACAUUGAAGCGUUCCAAGAGUUGACCGAGUCAAAAUCCUUUGUUCAAGGAGAAAUGUUGUUUGACAUGAAUAAUUUCAAACAGAGAAUCAAGAACUGCGAACUUAGUGAAACAGAAAAAAGGCUGGAAAGAAAGUUGGAGAAAAUAUAUGCAACUUUUAAAGAUUGGCAGCUUCCCAAAAAAGUAAGUCCCUUCGAACGGCCCGAGCCUGGGCCUUUAAUGCCCGAAUUGGAUGGACGCCUUUCCGCUCCACUAAUUUCGCUGGAAGGAGAAAACGAAGAAGGGCGGAGGAAACCCCACUGCAUUACUUUGCAGAAAAUUGCUCGAGGCCGAGUGGUCCAGAAAAUGAUUCGCAAAGAAAUCAGCGAAAAUAUGAACGAACUUUUGGGAAUGAAACUAAUGUUUGACAUGGACCCCAAUUGUUUGCGCCUUGAGGAAGGACAAAUGCAAAAGUUGAUGUCCAUGAAGAAACAGACCGACGCGGAGACAACAAAGGACACUGAAGUGAAAGAAGUUUUGGGUCACUUGGAAGGGGAGACGCUCAACAAAAUGCUCGAAUUUUUGGACAAGGAAAUGAUUCGUCUGAUUGACGAACGCAAGGUUCAUGCUCUCAUCCUCAUGGCCGAGAGGGAGAGGCGUCGUAAAGAGGCGAUGGAGGCAGGGAGACGAUUCGUGGAAGAAGAAAAUCGGAGAACGAAUGAUGAAAUGUUUAGACAGAUCGUUGGAAUCCAUCAAGCAACCGUGGAUAUAUACUUGGAAGAUAUCUACAUUGAAAGCAGUGAUCGUGCGGCGGACGAAGCCUCCAGAAAUUAUGUGCGUCAAAUGGCAUCGACUUUGAACGAAGUUGCUUAUUCUAUGCCUACAGAGAUUGGAGAAUUUGAGAAGGAAGAGCUCGCUGCAGAAAUAGUGUCAGGCUACAUCGUUCCAGAACUAAGCAGACUUGGUCACCAAGAAAAACUGAAUGCUGCUCAGACACGUUACAAGAAAGCAGCCUCACAAGUUUUAGAUGCUGUAUUUGGAGCCCAUGAACUUCUCAAGCAGAUUGUAACUGGGCCACUCCCUCCCAUCGUCCAAGAACACAGCCUUGUCGGGUGGGCAGCUACGGAUGGAAGUGCAUCAGCAGUAGACGACCUCAUCAAGCAGGCGGUGGACGGAGUUAUUAAAGCUGAGGACGAGGCCGAGGCUGCUGUCGUUGCGCUUCGGUUGGCUGAAGCAGAGGCCGUGCGACUUGCAAAAGAGGAAGAAGCCAGACUUGCAGCAGAGGAGGAAGAAGAGGAGAAUGACCCUGAUGACGUCGAAAUUCCAGAAUUUGUUCCACCAGAACUGCCACCCGAUGCCCAGAUAGAACUGGGAACUGGAGAACCCACACAGAUGGAGGACGAAUCGAUUGAAGUGCCAGAGCUAGAUGACCAAAUUCAACACUUGUUUGAAGAUCCAACGAUCGUUGUAGCGGAUGAAGUCAGGGAGAAAAUGGCAGCCAAAGCACUCCAAAUAGAAUUAGACUUGGAACCAGGCGCUCAUGUAGAAACACUAUAUGCAGGACUUCGGGGGGCUAUUGACGAGAUCAUUCUGGAAGCGAGAAGAACUGUUGUUCCAGAUCCCAAGGAAAAUGAAGAUAUCGAAAUACCAAAUGACGCGGACUCUGAUGACGAUUAAUUACACGAAACAAGACCAUUAUCAUUGACUCGAAUAUGGUUUAAUAAAGAUUUUCAAUUUAUUUUAUUUCUAGUACAAAAAAUUAAGACAACAUUCAGUAUUGCCAAUGAGAUAAAGUACUAUUAUCGAGUCACAAGUAUUUAAUUUUUAUAUUAGCACAAUAGGUCUAACAAGUGUAGGUAUAUAACAAUUAAUAUAAAUUUUAGCAAAAUUAUUGGGCCAUCUACCCUAAUCCGAUAUAUAAAUAUGAAUAUAUAUAUA